AUGGGUAUUAUCAAAAAAGUUGCAAUUAUAGGCGGUGGCCCUUCUGGUCUCAUCGCAGCUGAAAAUUUGGCUCGACGAGAAGGUCAAAACUGGGAAAUUGUGGGAUUCGAGGUCCGGGACCAGCUAGGCGGUGUUUGGAGCGAUACUCCUGGUUCAAAUCUGAACUCAGAACAGGUAUUCCAGCAAUUGCAGUCACUGGACAAACCGGCAGAGGGCUGUGUUACUCCCGCAAAUAUUUUUCAGAAAGACUCUCCUCUUGUGGAAAAUGGACGAAUUCCAAAUUUACGUCCACUGCUUGCCACUAGCGUCCGCAAACCCAUGCACGUCAAACGAAAACCACUGUUACGUGACGGAAUAAUCUUUUCCAACAAAACCGGGAUAUACGAUAAUUUCAUGACAAAUGCGCCCAGGCAAUUCAUGGACCUCGACUACAGAAACCCAUCGCAGGAUUCCCGAAGAAAGGAUAUUGCGCCCUUGGGGGACUUGCAGCAAGUGCAGAAAAACAUAAAGAGUUUUACUGAAAGACAUCAAAGCUCCAAAGCGUUUCGGCUACGCACGAGUGUUGAAUAUCUCGAUAAACUGUCGCCGGAAAAAUGGGUUAUAGUAGCCAAGACCUGGCAACCCGAGGACGAUCACGAUUACUGGUAUAGCGAAACGUUCGAUGCCGUUGUUAUUGCUAACGGUCAUUUCAUGUGCCCAUAUGUUCCUUUCUACAUGAGUGCAACGUCGAAUGGUGACUCGAACGUCCACGAGUUCAACAAAAGCUUCCCUGAUACCCUAACACACGUCCGCGAUAUUGACUUCUGGUAUAGAAAGCGACUCCCUCUUUUGCACAAGGCUUCUGUAACCAAAAAACAGAAAAUUGUUAUUGUUGGCAAAAGCUUUAGUGCCAUGGACAUUUUGAAGCGUCUCGUCCCUCUUCAAGAUGCUUCUCACUCGUUAGAAAUCAUAAUAUCAGCGAAAACGGCACCAAACCCUGACAAUAAGGCUAAUCCAUUCUACUGGUUUGACGAGUGGCUCGCACGGACAACAAAAGUAACAACUGUGUGUGCAAUUUCGCAUUUUGUCGAGAAACAGGGAAAACCUGCCUUACAGCUGGAAGAUGAGACUGUAAUCGAAGACGUAUCGGCAGUUCUAUUUGCGACCGGUUAUCUUUACACAUUCCCAUUCGUUUCCAACAAGCUACUUGAGCAUUACCGUAUACUCAUGACUCCCGAUCCACGGUGUCCCGCCGGGAUGCCCUCCAAUAUUUCCCGCGUCACAGGCCUUUAUCUGCACACCUUCUCAAUCGCGGAUCCAACCUUGGGGUUUGUGGGAAUUUCUAGCAAUGCCAACUUCCAAUCGUUUCAAAUUUCAGCGCAAGCACUUGCUGGAACAUGGUCCCGACUCAAUGACCUUUACAAUUCACAGAUGCCUCAGGACGGGCCCAUCUACGAUUCUAUAUGGUCACAAGUACUCCCCCCUGUCCAAGACCAGCUUAAGUGGUGCCAAGAACGUCUACUUCAAACCGGAAAUAAUGGUGCUUACCAUUUUUACUAUCCGUUAAACCAACUCAACGAACAGUGGCUCAAAUACAGUGAGCCGCUUUUCGGUAAUAAAGAUUGCCAGCAAGUCUUAUUCCCCGAAGGCUCUGCCGAGAUAGUACAAUCUGGGUUGGCGAAGCUCAAGCAGUUGUUUAUUCAAACAGUCGAGCAAAUUCAACCAAAUUGA